AUGUUUGAGCUUAUUCACGAGAGUAUUUGGAUCGCCAGUCAUAUGACAUUCACCAAGCAUUUUGCCCCAAAUGGCAAUAUAGGUGACAUUGUUGCCAAAGACGAUGCACAAAUGUCGACAGCACAUUUGUUGGGCAUGUUAUCGGGAGUGGGAUUGAUUUCCAUUUCUCAUUCUCCGGUAUUCCUGUUUGGUGCGUUUGCCGUUCUUUCCCCCAUCAAUAUUUGGUCCACUGUCAAAAUGCUUCACGCGGCAGAAUUCGAGAUUCUCAAUCAAGCCAAAUUGACCUUGUUGAGUCGUUCUUUCAUCGAUACGGGCAAUGUCGAAGGAUACACGGGAUUGCGCCCUCGCGAAGUAGGAUUUGGGGAAUGGAUUAAACCUUUCGGAGCCAAAGGCGGGGUUUCGGUGCGUAUCAAGAUGGGACCCAGUGCCGAGGAAGCCUAUGGCGGAAGUGGAGAGAUCGAAGGUGUCGUGCGUGUGAUGCAGCAAGAAAACUAUUUAUUGAACUACCACCGUAAUACCAUGUACAUCAUGUUCCACGACGAUGCUUCCUCGAAUGAUGUGAUCCGUUCCAUCCUGCAUUCCAUAAAAUUCCACGAUACGCUUACAGCCAAAGGUAUUACCAAGGAAACCGAUUGGGAAGGCUACAUGGAUGCCCUCGACGAAACACUCGCGUGGGCUCACAAGGAGACCCCGGCUUUUAUGGCCGAAUUAGCCAGCAAAAAAUGGAUGACGGAUGCCGUCUAUUGGAAUGACAGUGGUAUGCGAUUAACGUGGGAAGGACAUCAGUCCAAGGAACAGGUCUCCCAAUAA